AUGGAGGAGCAAGAUGUGGACAAUGACAACGCUGUCACACAUGGCACACAUGAGAACGCUGUUGCCCACGUCGAUAAUGACAAUGUUGAUGCUGAUCCAGAUUGGAGUGAAACUGGUCCUGCUACUAAGGCUGGCCGCGUCGGUCAACUCCCCAAACGUGGGCGUGGUAGGCCAAGGAUUCACCAGAGAGGGGGGAACACUAACAGCGGCCGUAGCAUACGGACACAACCCCAAGCUCAGAAGAAACCAAAUGGAUUCGAUCAGCCCUCUGGAGAGAAAAAGACGGUCACUCCAUGCUUUGAACCUAGGAAAACCCGAGCCACCGCUAAGAAGGAGGAUCUGGUGAUACAAGAGACAAUCAGGACUAGUACUGAGCCUGACAGUCGUCAUGGCAGCCGGGCACUGUCCGCUGGUGCAGACGAAGAAACGCUUUAUAUGAAAACUGGCCUUGAUCUGCAAGCCUCAGGGGCUGACCCUGAAAAGUCACGUCCCGACUAUGCAGUACAGCCAUUCCAGGAUCUAGAAACAACAGCGAAGCUACCAGAUCAGGAACUGGGUGGUCGAAAGAAGACAGAAAGAAAUGGUACUGCCACUGAGAGUACUGUCUCGAAUAUGAACCAAGACCAUACUCAAGGCUUCAUUCAGGCACCAGAGCCCCUCAUCUACCCGAACGGUUUUGGAAAAUGGGAACAGCAAGCUGCGCUAAGCCAGUAUGGAGAAGAUGUCCUCUCGGAGUUUCGCGGAAUAUGGCGAAAAAUACUUGCAUCCAUCGACACCGACUCACAAAGUCAGACGAGGGCCGUGGACGUAUGGAAGUCGCUGUUGGAUCCAAAUUUAGCUACCAGGUUCCGUGCGCCACUGUCAGCACGGUAUCGUGAACUCACCAACCGGUGUAAACAAAAAGAUGGAGCACGGAACGGCUAAACGAAAUUCCUCCGGACACGCAGGGAAAUGACGAUAUGAGGAGGUCGAAUCACCAGAGCAGGACGAGUCGCCAGUGCCGCCGCAUCCGAAACGACGCAAACGCGCGGCAUCGUCACAGUUUGACAGUGCCUUCUCGGACAGUCCUGGACCGAGCCAAGGUUCUGCAUGGCGGAUGAU